AUGCAAAUAGGCAAUGCAUACAUUCAGAACACAAAAGGAUCAUGUUUACUUGUUGGUGUUGAUAUAUAUAGCCAACGAGAUAAAACUUCGAGAUUUAACCUUGCCAAAAGCUCUUGUGUGAGGUGUGUUCGACCUACUGGCACUAUGUAUAGUCUUUUUUCAGUUGGGGAUCCUCGAGUUGGAAAUUGGCUACUUAUGGACAGCCCAACACCUGUGUUUAUUAUUGUUUCAUUGUAUCUGGCUUUUGUUCUCUGGUUGGGUCCAAAAAUUAUGGAAAAAUAUUCUACAGGAUUUCAUCUACGUCCACUUAUGGUUGUCUACAAUAUGAUUAUGGUGAUAUUUUCCACUUGGUUGGUAUAUGAAUUCGCUGUAUCCGGAUGGCUUAGUGGAUAUUCAUUCGGUUGUCAACCAGUGGAUCAUUCAAGACGACCGAAAGCAAUACGAAUGGCUAGAGCCUGCUGGUUUUUCUUCAUUACUAAAAUUAUUGAAUUAUUUGACACAGUAUUAUUUAUUCUACGAAAGAAGUCUGAGUUAGUUAGCUUUCUUCAUGUGUUUCAUCAUGCGAUCAUGCCUAUAUCUUGGUGGUUCGGUGUGAAAUAUGUUCCAGGUGGGAUAGGAACUUUUCACGCCUUUUUAAAUAGUAUGAUUCAUGUUUUUAUGUAUACGUAUUAUGGUUUGGCUGCAGUUGGACCCCGUUUCCAACGUUAUCUUUGGUGGAAAAAGUAUAUGACUACAGCACAGAUAAUUCAAUUUAUCAUUGUAAUUUUUCAUUCAGUUUAUACGUUAUCUUUGAAAGAUUGUUCAUAUCCAAAGGCAUAUAAUUAUUGGAUACUGAUAUCUGCAUUAAUAUUUCUGUUUCUUUUUGCUAAAUUCUAUUCUAAGACUUACACGAAACAAACUGUUAGAAAUGAGUACAAUUUGAAGGUUCAUUAA